CUCUACUUGGGCGCGCUCGCAGUCUCGACCCGGACACUCGGCUGUCUGAGGCUGAUACAAAGACCUAAUAACUUGUCAGACUCCGCCCUCCUGGGUGUGUGUCGGGACGCUCCGAGUGAAAGUGUUUCGGGCGACAGUUAGUGUGUCAGUCAAUUCAGUUUGCAGCCGUCGUUAGGUCGUUGUUAUCAUCUUCUGUGAACAAGAAGUCAGAGAAAUGUCUUCAGCUCAGACAUUCACAGACAAAAACCGAGACCAGCACAAGCGUGUGUCUGCUCAGUCCAACCCUGGAUUCCUGGAGCGACUAAGCGAAACCGCCGGAGGAACAGUUCUUGGCGUCGGGCUGUUUUUCCUCUCUAUCUACAUCCUCUUCACCAAUGAGGGACGGGCUCUGCAAACAGCGUCUUCCCUGGAUGAAGGCCUCUCUCAGGUUGUGUCGCUGGGGCCGUACUCCGGCUUCGACGUGCAGAACAAUGACCGACUAGUUCACCUGUCCACACAGCUGCACACGGCACAGCCCCUCCAUGAUCCCAACUACAGAGUGGUGGUGCAGGCGGUGAAGCUGAAGAGGGAGGUGGAGAUGUAUCAGUGGGUGGAGUACCAAGAGAGCAAGGACUAUCAAGAGGACGGUGAAACCAAGACAGAGACAACAUACACCUACAACACCGAGUGGAAGUCAGAGUUGGUCAACAGUCGCAACUUUGACAAGGAAAUUGGUCACCAGAACCCGAGUGCCAUGGCAGUCGAGAGUGUAACAGUGGUGGCACCUGAAGUCAGAGCCGGACCGUUCAUCCUGUCUAAAGGCCUGGUGGAGCAGAUAAAUAACUUCCAGACACUGAGUCUGAGAGAUUUUCCUCUCAUAAGCUUGGACCCUUUCCUCUCCAUCCAUGACGACUAUUUCUAUCACACUCAGACCCCGCGCAGGCCAGAGGUCGGGGACGUGCGGGUGAGAUUCUCCUUCGCUGGACUGAGUGGUGAGAACUCGCCCCUCGGCCCGGCUCAAAUUGUCAGUGUCGUAGCCAUGCAGCGAGGGGAGCGGCUGAUACCCUUUAAAACCAGGUCAGGAGACUCUCUGGAGAUCCUCUAUCUGGAGGAGCUCUCUGCACAGGAGGUGUUUGAGAGGGAACAAAAGAGCAACAGUAUGAAGACAUGGGGUCUGAGGGCUGCGGGCUGGGCUCUCAUGUUCCUCAGUAUUCAGCUGACCAUGCGCAUCAUCUACACACUGGUGGACUGGGUUCCCGUCCUCAGAGACCUUGUGUCUGUCGGGUUGAAGAUCUUUGCCCUGUGCGUGUCCUGCUCGCUGUCUCUUCUCGUCAUUGGAGUGGGUUGGCUUUUUUACCGACCGUUAGUGACGGUGGCUCUGGGAGCUCUGGCUCUUCUUCCAGUGUUCCUCGCCCGCUCAGGACUUCCAGCCAAAAAGAAUGAAUGACUAUUGAACUGAUGACGAGAAUGAGGUUGUGACGCAGCUGUGGAACUUUUCAUCAGACUGUGCAGCUUUAUCGAUGCAGAUUUUCAAGCAGCAUAGGACGUUUCCUUGGGUUAAACAGACAUUUGCUAAAUGUGCUUUGCUCUAAAAGGUGAAACAGAGUUGUUGUUCUAACAGACAUUUCUGUUUUCCUUAAAUAUUAUCAGAUGUGACAAUCAGCCAAGCAUGCGUCACCGUUUCUCACUUGAAAUAAUGUUGCUCACAAUGAGCAUGUCUAUAGUGUCAUUCUCACUGUAAAUGUAACUCAUCACAGCUGGUCCUUUCACCAAAUGUUAACUCACUCAAGCAAUAAAGUUUACCAAAGAAU